AUGGAUCAAGGAAGAACCGCCAACGAAGUCGAAAAAUCAUUGAAAAAACAACAGGCUAUUGCAAACGAUAUUCUCGCAAGGGAAGAGCGCUUUAAACUGCUUACAUCGAUGUGUGCUGAUCUUUGUAAUGAGAAGUACCAUGAAAGUGACAAGAUACGAGUAAGGGAGAGAGAUAUCAUUGAAAGGUGGACCCACCUACUAAAUUUGCUGGAACAACGUCGAAAAGCCCUGAUGGGCCUGAAUGAUCUCAUGUCGCUGCUAAGAGACAUUGAUACUCUAGCUAGUGAACUUAAACAAUUAGAGCCGGCUGUUCGCAAUCGCGAUGUAGGAAAACAUCUACUAGGCGUAGAGGAUUUGCUUGGUAAACAUGAGCUGGUAGAGGCUCAGGUCAAUGCUCAAGGAACUUGGCUUACAAAUGUAUCCAACCAGGCUAACAUAUACAUUAGAAGUAAAGGAGAGCAGUAUGAUGUGCUGCAGAGGAAACUUGAUGAUGUUACGGCGCAGUAUUACUCGUAAGU